CGGCAACAUUGUUUGAUAUGAUCUGAAGGUCUGAACACAUCUGUAAUGUCAAAAUGAUCUUAAUGAUGACAUUUGAUAAAUAGUGAAGUAAAUACAAUAAUCAAAAUGGACUGGUUAAGAAACUACAAUUUCCUUCAGAGGAAUGCCAGAGCAAUCAUGAAUACGGACGAAGACUGUGAUCCUCAGGCGUGUUAUGAUAGCUUUAAACAGCAUUGGCAACAAGCCCAAAAGAUAAUCUAUAGAGCACAGCUUGUGCCAAAUCACGAUGACGUAUUAGGAGUUGUUAAUCAUCUAGAGCAAAUGGCUACCUUACUUCUGUACGACAUAAAAAAACAAAGUGGUACAUUUUGUGGCAAUCCAGUGAACUCUUCAAAAUGUUUGGAGUAUCUAUUAAGUCAAAACAUUCUAAAUAAAAUAUUCGAAUGGGGCAUUAAAUCUGGAAAAUACACAGAUGCUGUGCGAUGUGAACAAUUGAAAUUAAUGAAUAUUCUUAUCACACAAUCAAGGCAUGUCUUAUUAGUACGAGAACCUUUUGUAAAACCACUUAUUAAAUUAUUAAACUCAUGUCAGGGUCAAGUAUUUUCAAAAGAGGUUGAAAAACUUCUAGUCGACUUACUGAAUCAACUUAGUGCACUUUUGAUGCAAUAUCCAGAACAUAUAGACUUAUUUUUCUAUGGAGAACCAGUCCUUAAGAGGUUCAUUAUUUUUGCCUUGCUGAUGCCAUUCGUACAUAGAGAGGAUUCAAUAGGAAUGAGAGCAAGAGAUGCUUUAUUAUUAUGUAUGUCUUUAUCAAAAAAGAACGAAAACAUAGCCAGUUAUAUUGCAGAUGAAUCAAAUUUUUCAAUAUUAGUGGCGUCUGGUCUCAGUGGCCUAUAUUCUGUUUUACCAAAUAUUAUAGAUGACAUUAUUCUUCCUGAUUGGCACAGACUAACACCUGAUGAUGUGAACGAAAUAAAAGGCCUCCUUACAUUUGUGACUUCAUUGGAGUUCAGUAAUGCAGUUGCACAAGUUGCACAUCCAAUAAUAAGGAAACAAUUGCAAGAAUACUUAUACAAAGGUUUUUUAAUACCAGUGUUGGGCCCGGCUCUUUUACAACCAACAGAACAGGAACAAGUUGCCCCUUCAGCAUAUCUAGAAUUAACAUUAAGAACAUUAACUGAGUCUGGUUUACUUCAUUCAUUGUUAGAAUUUUUGUUAAAAAUGGAUUAUGAUGGUGUAAGAUUGUUGAGCAUUCUGAUCACACGAAUUAGUUCCACACAUUCACAACUUUCAUUAGUAUCAUUGGCAGUUUUUGAAACGCUAAUAGAUCUAAACUGUGAAGAUAUUAUGUUAGAAUUAGUAUUUAAGCAUUUGCAGCCUUGUCUGCAUUUAAUGCUCUCUCAAAGACACAUGCUAUUACCUCUGGAUCCACUAUGUCAGAGUUUUGAGAAACUGUUGGGAUUGGCCCCAAAAUGUUGUAAUUUUCUUACACCUAACUUGGAGGAGAACGUCAACGGUAAUCAUGCUGAAUUGGUAAAUGUUCAUCAAAACCAAGACGUAAAUGAACAAACAUUAUAUGGAAAAUACUAUGCAUAUUUGUGUGAUGCAAGGAAUAAAAUUGCAAGAUGCCAGACUGCUUGUUUUUUAUGGAAUAAUGUGUACACUGGCACUGAAAAUCAUUAUGUUGAGACAGAAGAACAUAAUUCCACAGAUGUAUCUAUAGAAAAAAGCAGCGGAUAUGAGAGUCUCAAUGCUAUAAAUGAUAUGAAAGAAUAUUGGCAGAUUUCUUCAAAUGAGUCAUAUAGCAAGACAAAUGACUCAAAAUUAUUUACCCUUAGUUGUAAAGACCAAUUUAAUUCAUCAGCAACAGCAGGUCCGUUUUUAACCACGCUUAUGGAAAAAUUAAAGAAUUUUCUUUCAAAUUCAUUUUACAUAAAUCUUCAUUUAACUGGAUUAAUAUCGAGAUUAGCAGCGUAUCCUCAGCCGUUGUUAAGAGCAUAUUUAUUAGAUUAUAGUUUAGUUCUUCAGCCGAAUGUGCCAUCAUUAUUUGAGAUUAUCGGAUUAUUAAAACAUGAAGUAGACGAGUAUAUGAAGCACCAAAAAGAUUACCCUGUGCUGAUAAAAUAUGGGAAAGAGUGUUUGAUUGAAAGGGAAAUAAUGUUAGUUAAUUUAAGAAGAAUUCACACUGAAGCUCAGUCUUCGAAAAACGAAUCGUCUUCUAUACCAGAAAUAAAUAAUUACUUUCAAUCAAGUAACUUUCAUAGAAACGGACCUAAGAGAAAAAGUUUAACUAUGCCAUCAAUAACUAGUAUGUUUGGAAGACGGUCCAGUCACAUGGAUACACCGGGGACCUUCUUAGUAACGCCUAAUGAAUCGACUGAUAAUAAUUUUUAUUUAAUUUAUCCAAAACUUGAUGAAGGACAACGAGUUGCUCUCUAUGCGGUCCUAUUAGAUGAGUGGGUCAAGGAGUUGGCUGCACUUGCUCAAGAACAUACAAUAGCUCAAAUUUCUACAUUAUUGCAAUGAUGCAAUUAUUUGCUUAAAUUUUUUUAUGAAUGUCUUCAUAAUGAAAGAUUGAAAUUGCAUUUGCACACUUUAAAUUAUUAACGCAGAAAUUAUGUUUAUUAAUUACAGUGAUUUCUGCGUUAAAAUUAGUGUUUCAAAAACCCUAAUCCGGAGAUUAAAACACAAAAUUUAAAUAUAUUUUUUAUUAAUUAUUCCUAAAGGUAGACUGUAUAGUCAGACUCCAUUGCCUGAGUCAAAUAAAGUUUCUGGUAGACAUAUAAGUUCCAGAAAAAAAUUUAUAUGUUCAAUUUGUGUGCUUCAAUUAUCAUGAUGACUACUAUGUAUAGUGUAUUGUAUGUGUAAAUAUGUAAUAAAUUGUAUUGUAUUUUAUGAGUAAUUAUAUAUUUAUUUUAUUAAAGUAUUGUUAUUUCUUA